AUGGACGCCGUUCAGCCACAGCUCUGGGCUGUUGCGCACACUCUUGUGGCCCGCAACGAGACCAAUUCCACGUCUUCGUCCUCCAGCACAGCCGUCGAGCGGCCACCUGCAUUCAAAGCCGUCGGGCUCUCUCUCGCCGUUGCCUCCGGAGUCUUCAUCGGCAUUUCUUUCGUCCUCAAGAAGGUCGGCCUCCUCAAAGCCAACGCCAAAUACAACGAAGAGGCCGGCGAAGGCUAUGGCUACUUGAAAAACGCAUACUGGUGGGGCGGCAUGACCCUGAUGAUAAUUGGCGAAAUCUGCAAUUUCGUAGCAUAUGCCUUUGUCGAUGCCAUCCUCGUCACUCCUCUAGGUGCCCUGAGCGUCGUCGUCACCACCAUCCUGUCCGCCAUUUUCCUCAAAGAACGCCUGAGUUUUGUGGGCAAGGUCGGCUGUCUAAAUUGCAUCAUUGGGAGCAUCGUCAUCGUACUCAACGCCCCAGAGCAGAGUGCAGUGGCCGAUAUCCAAGAGAUGAAGGGCUUCGUCAUUGCUCCGGGCUUCCUGAGUUAUGCUGGUGUGGUCAUCGUUGCCUGUACAUUCAUCGCCCUGUGGGCCGGUCCAAGGUAUGGAAAGAAGAGCAUGCUGGUAUAUCUCAGCAUUUGCAGCUUUAUUGGUGGCCUCAGUGUGGUCGCCACCCAGGGCCUGGGCAGCGCCGUCGUCGCUCAAGCCGGCGGCAAGGCUCAGUUCAAUCAGUGGUUCCUCUAUGUCCUUCUCGUCUUUGUCGUCGCAACACUCCUGACCGAGAUCAUCUACCUCAAUAAAGCCCUCAACCUCUUCAACGCCGCCCUCGUCACUCCUACCUACUACGUCUUCUUCACCUCGGCAACCAUCGUCACCUCGGCGAUUCUCUUUCGAGGCUUCAAGGGUACCGCCGUCACCAUCACCACGGUCAUCAUGGGUUUCCUGCAAAUCUGCACUGGUGUAAUUCUCUUGCAGAUGUCGAAAUCGGCCAAGGACGUCCCCGAUGCAGCCGUCUUCAAAGGUGAUCUCGAUCAGGUGAGAGAGAUCGCCGAGGUUGAACAACCAGAAACAGAACCAAAGGCAGAUGCCAUACGCGGCACCGCUGCCUUGAUCAGAAGGAUUUCCGUUUCGCGGCAAAAGAUGGAACAAGAGGAGGCUCGACGGUUGAGAGACGACACGAUGAAAGACCAUCUCGAACCAGUUCGUGAGAAUGAGAUUGUUGAAUGGGAUGGCCUUCGACGGAGAAAGACUGUCAUCGGUGAGCCAGGCGCAUCCCCAGUGGUGCGACGAAGAACAAUACAUCCUCCCCUGGGGAUGUCACACUUCCCAGACCAGGACGACAACCAUACCGAAGUCACUCCUGGCUUUUUCGAGAAUCUCCGGAAUCGCGCCCAAACCGCAAGGCACGCCCACGGCUCUGAUCAUGACGGGACCGGUGAUCAUUCGGUCCCAAGCCCUGUCUACCCGGUGGCCCUAAGUGAGAUCAAAAUUCACGCAUCCAAUGCAGUGUCGCCAAUUGCUCCCUACGGCCCCGGUAGCCUGGAAGAUGCACAAGAGCGCAUUUAUGGACUUGCCCCGGGAGAAAGAAAAGCCCAAGAUGUUCAAUAUGGAAGAUUGGGAACACAGCCAUCGCCGCGGUCCAAACCCUUGCCAGCAAGGCCUGCACCAUCGCCGAACUUGAAACCACCGCAAGAGGCCCGCAGACAAUUCUCCUUCACCAACUUUCUCCGACCGAACUCACGUACACCAGAAGCAGAGGGCUCGGGCGACCGAACACGUCUGCGAAGUCGAACCAGCAGUUCUACUCAUGAGAAGAAGGCAAUGAAGAAUGCUACCGAGGAGGAGAGACUAGGACUUGUCAAGGGUGAUUCCCAUCUUGCAUUGCUCCAGCAUGAACCGUUCCAUUCCCCCGAGCGCACAUACCCAUCCACCUCCCCACUUCAUGUGACUUCACAUUCACCCACGGGCUCUCUUGCGAGUGUUGAUGAUUUUUAUCACUACCCGCAGCCCGCAGCACAGUUUUCUCAAUCAAUGUCUGACGAGGAUAACGCGUGGCAGAUGACGAACUCGUCGAACGAAAAGACGAUCCUUACCACACCCUCCAAUCCAAGUACGAGACGCAGGCCCAGCCCUCCGAGGGUCUACCAAGCGGGUCCGUUGGCCACUACGAAUACACCCAAUCCCAGCGACCAAUUGACGAAAUCCACUCCCAAGAUCGUGGUUGGAGAAGGGCCGACACAAGGGGGAGCCACAACAGCAGCAUUGGACCAUUUCCCGAGUUCGUCGACGAGCCAAUUGCCGACACAAGCCAUCAAGACCACCCAUGGCUUUCAUCAGAGAGGCAUAGAGGAUCGCCCAGCUCAAGCCCAGAGCGUAAGAGAAAAGACGGAUCCUCGAGAUGAAAGGAACGAAGAUCAUGCAUUCAGUCGAAAGCGUUUCGAAGAACAGAGCAAAAGGGAGAGGGAGGAGAGGAGAUUAAGAGCGACCGGGCGAAGGCAAAGCUGGAUGCCAGCCGAAAAAGACAGCGGGAAUUGA